GUUGAGCCACAUGUUACAUACUCAUUUUGCUUUCGGUCUUGUAAGAUUCAUUGGUAAGAAACAACUUUAAGUUGACCAUUCUGAAAGCAGAGUGAACACAGAACAACAAGAUAUUACAAGCUACAUGAUGUCCCAGCCAAGGCGUCCUGUUGCUGCUCCAAGGAGUAGGCCUAACCUUCAAUCUAAUGCUUUGGAUGAAAAGCUGAUAAAAUGUGUCUCUACUCCUCAGUCUCCUACUAAAUCUUCACAGAAAUAUGUAGAGGAUGCUACUCCACCACCAGUUUUACCAAAGACAUGGUCAAGACAAAAUUCUGGACAAAAUGACACAUCCAAUAACAGAAAGGAGCUGGAGAUAUAUUUAGAGGAUUCUACUCCACCACCAGUUUUACCAAAGACAUGGUCAAGACAAAAUUCUGAACAAAAUGAAACCUUCAAUGACAGAAGGGAGCGGGAGAGAUAUUUAGGGGAUUCUAGUCCACCGCCACUUUCUCGAAGAACAUGGUCAAGACAAAAUUCUGGACGAACUGAAGCCACUGAUGACAAAGAGAAGGAGAAGGUUGUUAAAGACAGUGAUCUACACCGUCCUCCUUUGCCAACUAGGACACCAAAACGGCAACCAAAACCGAAAACUGUAACACAGGAAGGCUCAUCUGUUUCCUACGAGAAAAUGACACCAUGGAGUAAAGUUUCAUGGGAUCCCCAACUUAAAGGAUUAUCAGAACCAAAGGUCAUUAAUAUAAAAGCUGAGCAUCUGUACAAAGCAAUCCAGGAAUACAUCCAGCUAAUGGCUGCACAUGGUGGGGAGCUUAAGGAUCUCAUCUCGGAGCUACUAUGCAUCGCUAACAACUUGGACAAGGUUUCAAAGGGAACAAAGAUUGCUGGCAUCACUGGGGGUGCAUCAUCAGUGGCGGGAGGGGUUGCAGCAGCCGCCGGCGUGAUUCUGGCCCCUUUCACAGCUGGAGCCUCACUGGCACUUACUGUUGUAGGAGCAGGUGUGGCUGCAGCCGGCGGUGUCACUGGUGCAUCAGCAGCCAUCGCAAACAAGGCUAAUUUAAAUCAGGACAAUAAGAAAAUCAACAAAACCUUACAGGAGUUUAAGGAUGUUUAUGAAAAACUUCUAACUUGCUUGAAGUUCAUCAAUGAAGGCAUAGACCUGCUGAAGCACCAUGGUGUGUCUCUUCUCAAAGACAUGAUGGACAAUAACAUGAUGGAUUCAGAGAAAGCAGCCUCAGCAGUGGAGCUGGCUAUAGGGGAGGCAAGUGCCAUUUCCUCAGAGAGGAGCAUCAGUGCUUCUGGUGUGCUGGACGGCUUUGCAAUUGGUAUGAAUUACUACUUCACCAAAGAUGGAAAGAAGGUGAAGAAGGGUCUCGAGUCGAAGCUCGCCAAGAAGCUCCGCACACUAGGGGAAGACCUUGAACUUGGAUUGAAAGAGCUCAAUGAUACAAAGGAUGUGUUCAGUCAGCAUGUUUAAAAACAAUAAAUCCUUUCUUAUCAGAGCUUAUGGUUUUAGAACAGGUUGGGUUUUUUCAAGAUUAAUGCAAAGUUUUGAAAUGUUUUAAUCAGCAUUAAUGUAAUGAUUAUAAACACUAGAAAAUAAGUCUGUAUUUACUUUGGCUUAUUGUAUUUUUGAUACUUCCUGUGCUUUUUAUGAAUGAGCUUUCUUAAUAAAGUUCUGCACUCAAUGAAGGAUCAACAAUCACA